GGCCGGCGCACCAUCGCCUCGCGAGGGCUCCGUGGUGCCCUCGGCCCCCAGCGUGCUGCCGGAAGCGGCCAGACCGGCCUCCUCCCGCGGCGCCCGCCGUCUUAUCUGGGCGCCUCCAGGGCCUCGGGAGGAGUCGCGGGCGCGCCUGGAGGGAGGCGGCAGCGGCAUGGGCCGAGGGCCCCGGGUCCCGGGCCUUCCACUUCGCCGCCUGCUGCCUCUCCUGCUACUGCUGGGUCUGGCUUGGGGUGCAGCCGGAUCUCCGGGCACCGACGACUUAGAUAUCUGCAACACCUGCCACAAGCAUGCUACAUGCCAGCAAAGAGAUGGGAAGAAGAUUUGCAUCUGCAACUAUGGAUUUGUGGGCAACGGAAGGAUGCAGUGUGUGGACAAAGACGAAUGCCAGUUUGGAGCCACUGUGGUCUGUGGGAACCAUACAUCUUGCCACAACACCCUUGGUGGUUUCUACUGUGUUUGCCUCGGAGGCUAUCGGGCCACAAACAACAACAAGACAUUCAUUCCCAAUGACGGCACCUUCUGCACAGAUGUUGAUGAGUGUGAAGUUCCUGGCCUGUGCAGGCAUGGAGCACAGUGUGUGAACACUCCUGGGAGCUUUGCAUGCCACUGUGUGGAUGGAUACUUGCCUGAGAAUGGGCCCUCGCCUUUCCAUCCAGCCAGAGAUGCCACAUUAUGCACAGAAAUAGACUGUGGCACCCCUCCCGAGGUCCCAGAUGGUUACAUCGUGGGGAAUUACACCUCUAGGCUGGGGAGCCAGGUUCAUUAUGCUUGUAAAGAAGGAUUUUUCGGUGCCAAUGAUGCAGUGUCAAGUUGCACAGCCCUGGGCACAUGGGAGCCCCCCAAAUUACAUUGCCAAGAGGUCGACUGUGGCAGCCCCCUGGAAGUCCCCCACGCCAUCUUGGUCGGGGAUCCCGGCUCCAGGCCCGGCGCCGUGGCUCACUAUAUCUGUCAGGAGGGCUUUGAGAGCCGCGGAGGAAAGAUCAGCUCUGUCUGCACGGAGCAGGGCGUCUGGAGCGAGAGCACUGAGACCUGCACAGAAAUGAUGACAGAAAUCAAGGAGGCAUCCGUGUUUAACAACACUUGUGUGAGGUGGCGGGUGAACCCAGGACGAGUAAGCUCCGAGAUUGUGUACGUGAUACACAUAGAAGGACAGCGGUUGGAUCCUAUGGAAGGAAUUCACCAGGAGACAGUCAACUUGACCUCUGACAGUAGGACCCCAGAAGUGUGCCUCAACCUGUACCAGGGCGCCAACUACACUGUGAGCAUUUCCGCAGCUCCUCCCAGGCGCUCCGUGUCCAGCAGCCUUGACUUCCAGACAGCAGAAGAUGAUCUCUUACAAGAUGAUGGCGUUUUCAAUAUUUCGAUCUUAAACAAAACUUGCUUAAGACUGAACAGGAGUUCCAUAAAAGUUGGAUCAGAACGAACGUAUCAUUUUAGAGUUCUGGGGCGGCGCUGGUAUUUGGACAACUUUUAUCACACGCUUACAUUCAACAUCACGACGAAGGAUCCAGCUCCUGUAACGUGUUUGGACCUGCACCCGACAACUGAAUAUACAGUGAAUGUUACCCUCCUGGGAUCUCCUGAGCAGCCCUCAGCACAAGUCACACUGAGAACUGCCCCAGCAGAGAAGCAAAUCAUCAGUAAUAUUUCAGUGUUUAAUGAAACCUGCUUGAGAUGGAGAAGUGAGAAGACAGCUGAUACAGAAGAGAUGUACUUAUUCCACAUUUUGGGCCAGAGAUGGUAUCAGAAGGAGUUUGCCCAGGAAAUGAUCGUGAAUACCACGACCAGCAGCCAGGCUCCUGAGCUGUGCUUGGACCUGCGUCCGGGUACCAACUACAGUGUCAGCCUCCAGGCUUUGUCUUCUCAACUUCCUGUGCUCAUCUCCCUGGCAACCCAGAUAACAGAGCCUCCCUUUCCGGAAGUAGACUUUUUUACAGUGCAUGGAAGGCUUCUUCCACGCCUCAGGCUGAAGAAAGUCAAGGAGACCAACGGCCCUAUCAGUUCAUAUCAGGUGUUGGUGCUUCCCUUGGCCCUCCAAAGCAUGUUUUCUUGUGAUUCGGAGGGGGCUGCCUCAUUCUUUAGUGAUGGCUCUGCUGCUAAUGGGUAUGUGGCUGCAGAACUACUGGCCAGAGAUGUUCCAGAUGAUGCUGUUUUGGAGGUGUCUAUUGGAGACAGGCUAUACUACGGGGAGUACUACAAUGCACCCUUGAAAGCAGGCACCGAUUACUGCAUUAUAUUACGGAUCACAAGUGAAUGGAAUCGGGUGAGAAGAUGUUCUUGUGCACUGUGGGCUCAGGUGAAAGACCCAACACCGCUGCCAACACUGCCGCAGAUGCUGGGUGUGGGGCUGGGCUCUGUGGCCGCUGUGAUGCUACUCACAUUCCUCGCUUCCUCAGCAGUGUGAUGGCAGAUGGGUCCUGCGUGUUAAAGGGGCGCUGCUGGGUGGAUGUUCCAGGUUGCACAGAGGCCCCUGGGGGUUUCCAUCCACGGUGCGUGUGGACCCUCAGCUUUCCCCAUGCCCGACUUGGCCUUGUUCCUGUUCCUGGAUUCCAGAUGGUGACACUCUCUAUCGGGUCCCUCCCACCACCACCUGGAACAGAAAAACUCAGGAAAUGUGGAUGUCUUCCCUGCUAAAGGGUCAGUUCUGUGUCCAUGAACUUGAGACUCUUGGUGUCCAGUGUAAUCAAGACCACAGGCCAUGUGGGUCUGGGCUGGGACCCCUGUGACCCUCAGCUCCUGCAGACACUGAAUGCAAGAGGACCUCUCCCUGGCCUUGAUGGCAUCUCUGUUCAUUGACUUAGAAUCCAUUGGUCGAGAACCUGCAGUGAGACUGAAUUUGACUUUAUGAAGGAAGCCAUGAAAAGCAUAGGGAACGUUGACAAAGGCAAACAUUUUAAGCACUUUAGAAGCAGCCCUUCCCUUGAAUUCAUUGGUCUACUAAUUAGAAGGUAUGUGAGCCUGGCCAUGCUUCUGAGUUCCCUAUACUGUGUUUGGGCAGCAUUGCUUGGGUACAAUUCCAGUUGCUCUGUACAUUGAAAAAUAAUGUCUGUACUGCAAUAAAAUUAAUUUUUUUCAA